CUGCACUCGCAGACAAAGCGGCCAUCGGUUCACUAAAAUCGAAGCGUUGUUGAUGUUGUUGUUGCUGUUUGGAUAGUACACAUGCUAUUUUACAACUUACUACAACACAGACAGCUCAGAUAUACAGGCUGAUCUUUGGUGUGGUGUAGUAGUACAUGUAAAAACAAAUCUAGAGUUGGGCUUUGAAGCGGGGUCUGCUUCGAGUAGAGAUCCAAACAUCGGAUAGUCAUUCGCUAGUGAACAGUGAAGCAGUGAAAACCUUCCCGCGGUUUCGGAGGAUAGUACGGGUUUUGGAAAACUGUCUACCGAGGAAAAGUUUGCCAAAACAGUGUAGCGAAAAGUUUCUUUGUUUCAUAGUGUAAUGCGCAAUAAGCGAACGUAAGAACGAAAUCAGUUAGACAGAUAGGAGGUGCUUAGUGGAAUAUUCAUCUAACUUUAGUGCAGACUAAAGUGCGAUCAAGUAAUCGAGUUCUUUGGAAGAUAAAGAGCCAAUAUUCAGAAUGAGGCCCCCAUCGCAUUUCGGUAAUGAUAUUACCAACACCGCCGCCAACGACGGCAAUAACAACAACGGAAACGGAGAUGACAACAACAACAAUCGGAAUACGAUAGUGGCCAGACUUACGGAAAUGGGUGCAACCAUGAUGUUUCCGAAAAUUGCUGGACGCGGUAUCAUACGAGUCGUAGAACGAUGUGAUGAUGCUAAAGAGAACAAUAAUCUAGAUUGCAGUGCAAUACUUGCUGAUCUCUCUGAGUGCGAGUUGAUUCAGGUGCCCGAUGCAGUUUACCAUCUAAUGAGACACACUGAGCUGAAAACCUGUGAUCUUAGCGGUAACGUUAUAACGAAAAUUUCACCUAAGUUCGCCAUCAAAUUCAGCUUAAUCACGGAUCUAAAUCUGGCGCACAACCAGAUGGCUAGACUGCCGGACGAGCUGGCCGAUCUGCACUCGCUGGAACUGCUCGACAUCUCGCAUAAUUCCUUCAUCACGCUACCUGCCGUCGUGUUCAAAAUGCGCAAACUGCGCAAACUGCGGGCGAACAACAAUGCCAUCAUCGACAUCGAUCGGGAUGAGAUCAUCGCCUCGGAUUCGCUGGAGCUGGUCGAUCUGAGACAUAACCCACUGACGCCCAUCUGCCAUGAGCUGCUGAGUAACGCCAACGUGUCCUUCCGGAUCGAGCUGUCCGAGCGGGUGAAGGAGGAAUGGGAAGAUCUGACGAUCUGAGACGAUCAUCCCGAUGCCGAGUCGAUCCGAACUCCUCCUGCCCGUUACCAAGACCGGUUGGUGUAGCCACUAAGUAAGAGUAUUCAGUUUCGUUUCGUAUUUUUGCAUUCGUUUUACAAAGAUCGUACCAGAAAUCUUUCUAGCUUUAGGGACGGAACUCUCCGUAACACUUAUACAUAUGUAAAACUCGAUCAGAAGUUACUUAAUUUAGUGAGAUUUUUCAGUCUUCCAAUAGAGGUGAACUAGGCGAGUUAACACCAAACGGAGACUUUACUACAUUACAUACAUUUGUAAAAACUAUCCCUGUCUGUAUUUAGUGCAUGUAAACUACUAACCCGUACUGUAUUAUACAUUAUACCUUUCAAUCACCGUUGAGAUGCAUACCUAUGAGAAGCUUACAGAGAGAUUAGUGCAAGGCAAAGGAUAGCGAAGUCUUUUUCUGUGAAACUGGAGGGAAAAUUUUGAUCUAGUCAUUCAAGGGUAGUUGCAACGAUCAAAAUUGCCAACGCACGGCUGCCGAAAUUGGUUCCAAUCAGGUGCUACUCUCAAUCCAAUUUUCGGCCGGCACGCACCAUUGUCGCGUAAUAAUAAUUUAUAGAAUAACGUGAGUGAUAUUAUAUAUUAAUCUAGUAAGUUUUCGUCUUUCCAAAAAAAUGGAAUGCAUUCAUAAAAAAGUGUACGUAUAGCAAACAUAAAAAAAAAACAAACAAACAAACCAGUACAGUGUGAUGAUGUGCAAUAGCCUACCGAUGAUAGCUGAUGAUAAAGAUGAUAGCGUUAGAUGAAUUUUAUGGUUGACGAAAUGAUAAAUAAAGUAUGCUUUGAGGGA